AUGGCUAACUUCUUCAACUUCAUCAUCAUCUUCAUCUUUGUUUCCAUCUUUCCAUCCCCCGGCACCAAUGCCGCACUCCUCGGCCUCUCUCGGGACCUCGCCGCCCUCUCAUCCUUCUCCGCAGCCAUCACCGGUGAUCCUCACGGUGUUCUCCAUAGUUGGAGAUCCCCGGAGAUUCAUGUUUGCAAUUGGACCGGUGUUACUUGCCAUCUAGUGAAAGAUCGAGUUGUUCAGCUUGAUCUAAGUGGCAGGGACCUCAUCGGAGUUAUCUCACCGGUGGUGGCUAACCUUUCGUUCUUGGCCGUGCUUGAUCUCUCAGGGAAUUUCUUUAGCGGGAGGAUCCCACUGGAGAUUGGCUCUCUCUCAAGGUUGAAGCAAUUGAGUCUUUCUUCUAACAUCCUUGUCGGAACCAUUCCGGCACAGCUUGGCUUUCUUCACCGCUUGGUUUACCUUGAUUUAAGCGGAAACCGACUUGAUGACCGAAUUCCUGAGUCUCUGUUUUGCAAUUUAUCUUCAUUGCAAUACAUGGACCUUUCGAAUAAUUCUCUAAGUGGUGAGAUUCCUCUUGGAAAUCAAUGUAGCCUUCUUGAGCUGAGAUUUCUUCUUUUAUGGUCUAACAAUUUGGUUGGUCCUAUUCCUCCAUCUCUAGCAAACUCAACAAAGCUAGAGUGGAUUGAUUUGGAGUCUAAUUAUCUAAGUGGAGAGUUGCCUUCCGAGAUCUUCGAUAAGACUCCUUACUUGCAAUUCCUCCAUCUUUCUUACAAUAAUUUUACAAGCCAUGGUGGUAACACUAAGCUUGAGCCAUUCUUUGAUUCCUUAGUGAACUGUUCUCUGUUGCAAGAGAUUGAGCUUGCUGGAAAUAGCCUCCACGGAGAAAUACCAGUAUCCAUUGGUUCUCAUGUUAAUCUUUUUCAACUCCAUCUCGAAGAAAAUUUCCUCUCUGGUCCUAUUCCUCCAAGUAUAUCCAACCUUGUGAAUCUCACCUACUUGAAUCUUUCAAACAAUGUGCUGAAUGGAUCCAUUCCACCUGACAUAUCAAGACUAAAGAAGCUAGAGAGACUUUAUUUGCCAAACAAUUUGCUCUCUGGUGAGAUCCCAGUGGCGCUCGGGGAGCUUCCACACAUUGGUCUUCUUGAUAUCUCUGGCAAUUUGCUUUCAGGGUCGAUCCCGGAGAGCUUCUCUAACCUCACACAGCUCAGAAUUCUCAUGCUUAAUAAUAAUCGGCUCUCGGGGAUGAUACCCCCGAGUUUAGGUAAUUGCAUGAACCUGGAGAACUUAGAUCUUUCAUACAAUCAGUUAACAGGAAGGAUUCCUAGUGAUGUUGCAGCAUUGAGUAGUUUGAAGCUGUAUUUCAACUUAUCAAACAAUUUCUUGGAAGGUUCUAUUCCAUUGGAGCUGAGCAAGAUGGACAUGCUACUGGCAUUGGAUUUAUCGGCAAACAACUUCUCCGAUAAGAUCCCUCCGCAGCUAGGAAGUUGUAUAGCUUUAGAAUAUCUCAAUCUCUCUGGCAAUGCUUUGCAUGGUCCUCUUCCGAAGUCCAUUGGAGGUCUUCCUUACCUUGAAGCUCUUGAUUUAUCUUCGAACCGAUUGGAAGGAGCAAUGCCGGAGUCCUUGAAAGAUUCUUCGACACUCAAGGUCCUCAACAUCUCAUACAACAACUUCUCUGGCAUUGUACCAGAGGAAGGAGUGUUUGCUGUUCUUUCGAUGGACUCCUUCUUGGGCAACCCCGGCCUAUGUGGUUCGAUCUCUGGCAUGUUGCAAUGCGGUGGUACUGGUAAUCGAGCUCAUCGAUCCAUGAUCUUGCCGAUCCUUAUGGCCUUAAUCAGCACACCUUGCAUAAUAUGUUUUUGUGUCUGCUUCCUUGCAAGGAAAUUGCGAAGAAAACUUCAAUUGCCAAUCUUCAAAAGAACAAUCUCUUUAGAGGAUGCUGAAGAAGGAAGACAACCGGACUAUCCACGCAUUUCCUAUUGGCAACUCAUGGAAGCCACUGGAACAUUCUCUGAGUCGAACGUCAUCGGUUCAGGCCGAUUCGGUCAAGUAUACAAGGGAAUCUUGCAUGAUGAAUCAACAAAGAUAGCAGUGAAAGUAUUGAAUCCAAAUAGUGGUGUUGAUAUCUCGAAAAGCUUCAAGAGAGAGUGUGAAGUCCUCAAAAGAACUAGACACAGAAACUUGAUCAGGAUCAUCACAACCUGCAGCAAACCAGAUUUCAAGGCUCUAGUCCUUCCUUUGAUGCCAAACGGAAGCCUCGAAAUCCAUCUAUAUCCUCGAAGACUCAGCCUGGUCCAAGUAGUGAGCAUUGCAAGUGAUAUUGCCGAAGGGAUUGCUUACAUGCAUCACUACUCUCCUGUUAAGAUAGUCCAUUGUGAUCUAAAGCCUAGCAAUGUUCUUCUCGACGAAGAUAUGACAGCUUUAGUAGCCGAUUUUGGUAUUGCAAGGCUGAUGAAUUGUAGUGCUGAUGAAACCAAUGAAUCUUUAGGCUCUUCUCCUUCAUGCAUCUCUACCACUGGCUUGUUAUGUGGAUCAGUUGGAUAUAUUGCUCCCGAGUAUGGAAUGGGAGGCCAACCUUCAAUGCAAGGAGAUGUAUAUAGUUUUGGAGUUGUGCUCUUAGAGAUGAUUACUGGAAAGAGGCCAACUGAUGUAAUAUUUCAAGAAGGUCAUUCUCUUCAUGAAUGGGUGAACAACAAGUACCCUCACAACAUUGAGAAAAUCAUGAUGGAGGCACCAUUAAGAGAUGCUUCGCAAUUAUCGAAUUCUUUGUAUUAUAAGAAGUUAAGGAGAGAUGUUACAAUGGAGCUCAUCGAGCUUGGUCUAGUUUGCACGCAGUUCUCGCCUUCGAUGAGGCCUAUGAUGAAUGAUGUUGCUCAUGAACUUGCUCUAAUGAAGAGAGAUCUCUACCAGCAUGCAAUGCCUAACCUUAACACUAAUCUUGAAUCAUGUUCAGAAUAAAGAAAUUGUAAAGGCACUAGGAUGAGACAGGGAUCUGACCUGAUUUUAUUAAGCAGUGGUGGAUCCUUUAUUUUAUUAGUCAUUUGUUUUGUAGCUCCUUUAUCAACAAAUUCUUUUGGAUUUUCAAUUCAGAAAUGGAGAGGUCACUCAACUCUUUUCAAACAUUGAUUAUGAAUUGAUGAAGGUUUGUGGAGUUUGGUGAACAUUGUA